CGCCUUCCCUCCCCUCCCGCCUGUCCGCGAUCCGUCUCGCACUCUCGCUAUAUGUAACCAACCUGCACCUGCACCUGCCCAAGACUAGAGCUCCACUCGCUCGCCUCACCACACCUAGCUAGCUCUGCUAGCAAUGGAUCACUCCGUGAAGCCAGCUGCUGCCCUCUCCGCGUCCUCGUCCCGCAGAUGGGCCCUCGCCACCUCCCUGUGCACCCUCGCCUGCCUCUUCCUCCUCUCCGCCAGUCUCCUGCUCGUCGCCGCCGGCUACCGCCCGUUCCAGCCGCGCGCGGUGGCGGCGUGGGACCGCUUCUCCAGGCUGCAGAAGGCGGCCUCGGCACCGCCUGCCCGUGGCUCGCCCGACGCCGCGGUUGCACCGGCGCCAGGCGCGAGCUCACCAGGAGGCCUUGACUGGGGCCAGGAGGACAAGGAGGAUGCCGGGCCGCCCGCACCGGCCCCAGCGCCGGCGGAGGAGGAAGGGGAGGACGACGGCGCCGGCGGCGACGACAGCGAGUGCGACGUGUUCGAAGGGGAGUGGGUGGAGGAGCCGGUGGGGUACCCGCUCUACGACGCAGCGGAGUGCCCGUUCCUGAGCGACCAGGUGGCGUGCCGCCGGAACGGCCGGCCGGACUCCGGCUACGAGCAGUGGCGGUGGCGGCCCAGGGGCUGCGGCGGCCGCACGAGGCUGCGCGGCGCGGAGGCGCUGGAGCUGUGCCGGGACAAGCGGCUGGUGUUCGUGGGCGACUCGCUGAACCGGAACAUGUGGGAGUCGCUCGCCUGCAUCCUCUACGCGGCGGUGCCGGACCGGUCCAGGACGCGCAUCGUCGACGACGCCGGCUCCGAGUACAGGAUCUUCCGCGCCAUGGACUACAAUUGCUCCGUGGAGUUCUUCUGGAGUCCUUUCCUCGUCAAGCUCGAAACAAAGAUCAACCGGACCAGGGCGCUCAAGCUGGACCAGCUGCCGGCCAUGCUGCAGAGGACGCUGGGUGCAGAUGUUCUCGUCUUCAACACUGGGCACUGGUGGACUCACACCGGCAAGCUCAGGGCGUGGGACCAUCUCGAGAGGAACGGGAAGAUGGUCGAGAUGGAAGGAGAGGAAGCCUUCAACAUAGCGCUGAGGGCCUGGGCUAAAUGGGUCGACCACAGCAUAGACCCCAGCAGAACAAGAGUAUUCUUCCGGAGCGUCUCCCCUGAACACAAGAGUGUAAACUGGUGCUACAACCAGACGUUCCCUAUCUCUGCUGGAACAGUCGCUCCAGGGUUUCCAAAAAGCCUGGUAACCAUUGUCGAGAGGAACAUCAAAAGCAUGAGAACACCAGUCACAUAUCUGAAUAUCACCCACCUCUCAGAACUCCGGAUCGACGCACACCCAUCGGUAUACACAAUCACCAGGGAAGGGAAACCAUUGACCACGGAGCAGCAGCGACAACCACUCACAUAUGCUGACUGCAGCCAUUGGUGCCUACCAGGGCUACCAGAUACCUGGAAUGUGCUUUUGCUUGACUCUUUGAUGAGACCUCCCUCUAAUGUACACUUGCUAGGGUGACGUGAAAUACUUUUUUUGGUGGGCAGCUUCACCUUGCUUGGAGUGAUAGUAAAGCAGAUGGCAAAGAACGAAAAAUCA